AGCUAUAUUCUGCGGCACAGAAAUGGAUAACUGAUGUUAAAGGAGAUGAUGCCAGCUCAAUUACGUUUACUGAACUUCGAUUGAUCGGUGAUCUAGCAUGCGGUCUUGAUACUGAUCAGAUUAUGGAGAUUGAUGCUGAAAGUGUGAUUAAUGCGGUCUUCGAACUUGGAAGUCUUGAAUCCUGCUCCGCUCAACAGAAGAUAGAAUACACUAAGACGAUACUGACCACAACGGAAUAUCAGAGUUCUGUCACGGUAUGGCCAAAUGAUGCUGUGACAGACCUAGGACACCUCAUAGGUGGACUUCCAAAGGAUAGACUGUCUGAUCUGACAAAGGAACAUCUGGCUGAAAUAAGCCCCGACGUUAUCAAACAGGUCCCUCCCACCCAAUUCGCAGCGUUUUCAAAGUCCCAGCUGGAGUGGUUUACAUUUGAACAGGCCCGGUCAAUUACUGAUAAACAAAUCGACGUAUUAUCGAAUGAUAAACGGAAAGUAAUUGCUGAAGUAGGAGAGAGGAAAGUUGAAGACAGCGGUUCAACCAGAUUUGGAAGUUCCCUGGCAUGCGUAUCGAUAGCAGUGAUAAUCUACAACUUAUUCACCAAUGUGUGAUUUCAUAACAUUGGGGAUAUAUAUACAUUAGAGGACACGCAUUCACUGACACAGUCCUUGUUAUGCAGAGUUCGUGUGUCAAUUAUCAUACUUUCUUUAUUGAUAUAACCAUAGCUUUUAUUUGUGUUCAAGAAAUUUGAUAUGAAUUUUUUUCGUAACGCAACCAUUGCAGAUAAACUGCUGUUAUCAUUAUUAACUUAUUGUAUUCCAGUCAUAUUCGAUGUAUAUUUAUAAGGGUCAUCAAUUGGCCUAAUGUGUAAAGAUAAAGGAGAUGUAUCAAUUCGCAUAUAUAGUCCAGAUUGAAUAUAUGUGCACUUUCAGUCAACAAAUGCUUUCAUUUGGCAAACUGACAUUGAUACCAACGCACCCAAUGCCAUCAUCGUCAUUGACUCUAUAUUUUUGUAUGUUUACAAAACAAUAUAAAGGACUGUAAAUAAUUUAUGUUUAACAUGCAAUAAUGAAGCCUACUGUACAGACAAAUGAGACAAAUAUAUAUAAUGAAUAAAUCAUAUUGUUUAUGCCAAUGACGUUCAUGAAACUGAUGGCAACAAAAC